UCUGUUACUAGGUGGAAGAGCUACGUCAGAAGCUAGAAGAGAAAAACGCCAACAUUGAGAAGAAAACACAACAGACUACCACUGCAACUCAGGAAAAGAACAGACUUGCACAAGAAGUCCAAGAACUCAGGGACCACAUGGAGAUCAAAGACCGGAAGAUUAACGUACUGCAGAGGAAGAUUGAAAAUCUUGAAGACCUGCUUCGCGAGAAGGACAAUCAAGUGGACAUGGCAAGGGCUAGAUUGACCGCUAUGCAAGCUCACCACUCCUCUUCAGAAGGCGCGUUGUCCAGUCUGGAGGAAGCCAUCAGUGACAAGGAGAAGCAGAUAACACAGCUUAGAGAACAGCGAGAUCGCGCUGAGCAAGAACGAAACGAGGAGCGCGAGCUGCACGAGCGCGAAAUAGCAGAAUACAAAAUGAAGAUGCAUGCUUUGGAGGGAGAAAUGGACAAGCUUCAGGUACGACUAGAAAAAGCAGCUGCGGAGAAAGAUCGUGUUGAGGUGAGAUUAGAAAACUCCCAAUCCGAGCUUGGUCAAGCCAGAGCCGAGCUGGAGAAGUUACAAUCAGAAGUCAACAAGUCCCAGAGUGAAUGGGAAAAAGGAAAAGGAGAGAGUUCGUGGCUCAGUAUGGAGACUGAACGAUUGAGAGAACAAAACGAGUGGUUAAAAAGUGAGUUAAACAAAUCACGAGAUUCGUACGGCAAGUCGAACUUUUAUCAGUCUGAUGAAGUGGAAAGAAUACAAGAAAAACUAGAGAAGGUUCAGUCGGAACUGCGCCGCGCGCAAGCUGAGCUGCGAAUGAACCAGGCAGAGCAGGACCGAGCACGCGGAGAAGUGGAACAGCUUCAGGAAAAACUAGAGAGAUCUCAGGGAGAAGUAUACCGCUUCAAAGCCAAGUUAGAGAACGCUCAAGCAGAAAAACAAAACUUACAAGACGAGUACGACAGAGUUCAAGCACUGGUUGCCCGUAGUCAAUCAGAAAGAGACGUAGCCAUAGCAGAAACAGAGAAGUUUCGGAACGAGCUAGAGAGAGUCCAAGGAUCCCUUGGUAAAUCUCAAAUACAGCAUGAAAAGACUCAAGCAGCACUAGAUAAGGCUCAGCUGGACUGUGACAGAAUUCAAGAGAAGCUCGAUAAGGCAAAUAGCGAAAUACGGAGACAUCAAACUGAACGCGAGCAGACACAGUGUGAGAUGGAAAAUUUACAGUCACAGGUUUAUCAGCUGCAGACCCAUACUCAGAAACACCAGCGGGAGAAAGACGCAGCUUUGAUUGAAAUCGAGAAGUUAAAGGAGAAACACGAAAGAGCACAAUCACAGCUGCAGAGGCUGCAAAGAGACAAAGAUGUCUCUCAGCAUGGAAUGGAACAGCUUCAGGAAAGAGUUGAUCUGCUCCAGGCACAACUGAAUAAGUCUAACAAGGAGAGAGAAAAUACGCAAGCCGAAUUUGAAGUAAUCAAAGACAGACUUGAAAAGUCCCAGAACCAACUGGAGCGGUACCAUGCUGAUUACGACAAUGCACACACGGAAAACAGAGUGUUAAAAGAAAAACAUGACAAACUCCAGCAGCAGUUGCAGAAGCUGCAAGAAGACAAAGAAAUAACAAGGGUUGAAUGCGAGAAACUCCAAGAAAAACUGGAAAGGAGCCAGUCAGAAACUUUCAAAAUUCAAUCCAAAUACCAUCAAGUACAAUCAGAAGUAGACAGACUAAAUAUAGAAUUAGAAAAAGCACAGCUUGUAACAAACAAGGCAAAAGAGGAUUAUAAAAAGGCUCAAGAUACAUUCGAGGGUCUGGAAGAGAUGUAUUCAAGAACUAAUUCCCAAUUAUCAAAAACAAAAGAGUCGGAGGAAAAAUUGAGAAACGAGCUCGACAGAUGCCAGAUGGAUCUGGAGGUUGUUCGAGACAGGUACGAGAAAUCUCAAGUAGAAUUACGACGAAUUCAGUCAGAGCGAGAUAAACUACAGGCGGAAGUGGAUCGGAUGUCCAUAGAUUUAGACCGAGUACAAACACAAGUGGGGAAGUCACAAACCAGCCACGAAAAGUCACAAGAAGAGGUUGCCAGAAUGCACGUGGAAUUAGAAAAGUUAUAUGAGAAGCUAGACAGGUGUCAGGUGGAAUUGAGAAAAACUCAAAACGAAAAAGAUCGGAUCCAAACGGACAAGGAAAACAUUCAGGCAGAGUUGGAGAGAUAUCAAAUUCAACUAUCGAAAUAUCAGUCCGUGCAAGAUAAGUCUCAGUCGGAAGUAGAAAGGUUAUAUAUUGAUUUAGAGAAAGUUAAAGAUAAGUACGAAAAAGUACUAGCGGACUUAGACAGAGCAAACGAAGAAAAAGAAAAACUUAAUUUAGAAAUCCAGAAAUUGCGAGAAACUGACAAUAAGGAAAAUGGAAAGGGUUUAGGAAAACCAGACAAAUAUAGGCAUUCAGAAGAAAUGGAAAAGUUGUACAUAGAAGUGGAAAAAGUUAAAGACAAGUAUGAAAGAUCCUUACAAGACAUCAGUCAACUUCAAGAAACGAAACAACGCCAACAAAGAGAGAUCGAAAGAUUGCAGUUUGAGUUAGAAACAAACCCAACAAAGAUGCACAGGGUUUCUUCAUUCGAGGGAAAGCAAAAAGUGGACUAUGAGAGGUUAGCAAUUGAGGCAGAGAAAAUAAAAGACAAGUUGGAAAGAAAAGAAGGAGAACUGGAGAAAAUUCGUAGGGAAAGAGAUUUGCUUCAAAACAGGGUUGAUGAGCUGGAGACAUCCUUAGCUCAAAGUCACAGCAAGGCAGGAAAAUCUUAUCAAGAACAAUAUGAACGUUCUGGAGAAACAGAAAAAUUGCAGCAACAAUUAAACAAAGCAGAAAAUGAGCUUCAGUUAACUGUUACGGAAAAUAACCGUCUACGAAUUCAAAUGGAGAGGCUAGAACAAGAAUUAGACGAUGCUGAUAAGUACAUUGCACGGUUUCACCAAAACCAGGACACUUCUAAGGAAGAAACUGGUAAGCUAGAAGCAGAGAUUGAACGGUUGAGGAACAAAUUAGAGAAGUCCCAAAAUGAAUUGUACAGUGCUGUGGAGGAUAGAGAACGGUUACAGCAGGAGGUAUUACAUUACCAACAGGAGAUCCAAAAUGCCAAGUCAUCGAUGGAGUGGACACAAGAUGCUCAGCAGUACUCCAGGGUGGAAUUGGAGAAACCAAAACAAGAGAUUCAAUGGAUGCAGAAACAAGCAGAAAAAAUGGAAUAUGAACUUCAGAAGACAGAGGUAGAGAAUAAAGAACUUCGACAAAAGCUUGAAUGGGCCAUGGAAGCUGUUACUAAGUACCAAAAGCAAGUAGAAGAUGUCAAGAUUGAGCUGGAAAAGACCAAAGAAGAAAGGAAAAAUAUGAAAAGUGAUAUGGCAGCAGAUAACUUUAAGCCAGGAGAGAAAGAAAAAGCCCAAAGAGAGGUUGAGAGCCUUAAAAAAGAGCUCCACGAUCAAAAAGCUGAAGCCCAAAGAAUGAACCAAGAAAUUCAAAGGUACAGAGAUCAGUUAAGUCAAAUUGAUGAGAGCCACUGGACCAGUGAAGAAUACGAAGGAGAGAUAGAAGAGCUACACCAAGAGCUACAACACCAGAAACAAGAGACCGAGAAGAUGCGAAAGGAGGCUCAAGAACUCAAGAGACAACUUAUAAAAGCACAGGACGAAGCAAAGAGCUUUGAAGUCGAGAGAAACCGUUUCCAACAACAGUUAGAAAAACUGGUGCUAGAGCUGGAACAGAAAGAGGUGUGUUUGUUUGAAUAUCAGUUUUUUUUUAAUGUUAACUUCUUUCUGGAAGUCAUCACUGCUGUAGUCUUGAUUAGGCUUAACUUUAGUGAAAAUAACAGGGACUCUUGA